AUGCUUCUCCUCGACUAUCACAACGUCCUAAUCCACUCCCUCCUGACCGAGCGCUUCUCCGGAGCUCCGCCCGUUUCCAUCGAUCAGGUCGUCUCCGACUUUGACGGCGUCACUUUCCACAUUUCCACCCCCGAAUCCAAGUCCAAGAUCCUCAUCUCCCUUCAGGUCAAAUGCUUCCGUGAGCUCGUGCAGUACGGCGCCCAGCAGGUGCUGGAGCGCGAAUAUGGUCCUUACAUCGUGGCUCCGGAGCCCGGUUAUGACUUUUCUGUGCUGAUCGACUUGGAGAACCUUCCUGCUGAGCAGGAAGCCCGCGACGAACUCAUCAUGAAGCUGGCCCUGAUGAAGCGGAACGCCAUGGCCGCCCCCUUUGAGCGGGCCUUCGACGAGUUCGCCAAACUGUCCGAGGAAGCAUCGCGAUACACCUCCGAGUCGGCCCCCCAGGGGAUCAAGGAAGGAGGCGAGGUCAUGGCCAUCCACUACCGCGAAGAGGAGGCCAUUUAUAUCAAGGCCGGAUCCGAUCGCGUCACCGUCAUCUUCAGCACCGUCUUCCGCGAAGAGACCGAUCGCAUUUUCGGCAAGGUGUUCCUGCAGGAGUUUGUCGACGCCCGUCGUCGCGUCUUGACCCUGCAGAACGCUCCCCAGGUGCUCUUCCGGAACGACCCUCCCCUGGAGCUGGAGGGCGUGCCUGGCCUCCAGAAGAGUGCCGAGGACAAGAUCAGCUAUGUCACUUUUGUUCUCUUCCCCCGUCACUUGACUCCCCAGCGCCGCUACGAAAACAUCUCCCAUAUCCAGAUCUUCCGCGACUACUUCCACUACCACAUCAAGGCCUCCAAGGCAUACAUCCACACCCGAAUGCGCAAGAGAACCGCCGACUUCCUCCAGGUGCUCAACCGUGCCCGACCCGAGAACGAGGAGCGAGAGAGAAAGACCGCCAGUGGCCGCACGUUCCGAGUGCAGGGGUAG